ACUAAUUAAGAUACUAACAAUUGUAUUUAAAAUAAAUCUAAUAAAUAUUUAUUUAAACCGAACCAUUCAAACCGAAUCAUAAACCCAAUUAGAUCGGUCCAACCAGACUGGGCGGACGGGGUCCGAACAGACCGGGCGGACGGGGUCCGCUCCGGCCAGUCGGACGGCGACUGAAAAAAAAAUUAAAAAAAAUUCUCUUCGCCGAGCUUGGGAGGUUGGCGGCGGCGAGAGCGAGCGAGGAGGACUCGAUUUGCGGCGGCGGCGCUGCUGUGGCGUCCUUUUGGCGGCAGCUUCUAGGCUCGGCGGCAGCUUCUGGGCUCGCAGGAGGGAGGAGUCGGCAGCGGCGGGAGGUCCGGCAGGAGGAGGGUUGUCGGCGGCGGGAGGACGGCAGAAGGAAGGAGGGUUGAAGGGGGGUGGCGGCAGAUGGGUUGAGGGUGGGAUAGGGUUAGGGGCAAAAUCGUCUUUUUUUUCUAACUGUGGGCGGCAAAUAGUAAAACUGCGGGCGGCAAAUAGCAAUUCAUGUAUUUUUCCCCCGAGCUAACGGGUAAAUUGAUCUACUGAUCAGUGACCAAUAAUUACCAGUAAAUAGAAUUUAUAAUGUUUGAUAAUGCGAUGCUUUAUCUUAUACACAUAAUAUUUCCACCAAUUUCCCAAUUCCAUUUCAUCGGUAGUGACGACGGCCACCAACUCUCUGUUCCCAUGCUGCAGAAUUUGAUACUCGAUAGGUUUGACAUCUAUCUUACCUACUCCUUGUUUACCUAAUUAAUAAUUACCCUUUUUCUACUGCCUUUGUCUCAUCGAUGCCAACGCCAUGGCUAAUCCCCAUUGGCCAUUCAAGAUCUUAAUAAGGCACCACCACUCUAUACGGGACGAGAAGAUAGGGCAGUUGGCCAGCAAACCUCCGCCCCACCAAAAGUUGCUUUUUCUUUGAUUUAAUUACAAAAUCACUUUUAUAUAUAGCCUCAUAUUUGGAGCACCGCGGGGCAGGAUAUAAGUAUUGCUUUUGACCUAUUGUGACUCAUUUCGUUUUAUCAUGAUUUUUAUCAAUAUAAAUAUGUAUUUUUUUUAUAUUUUUAAAAUGAUAUUUCCAUUCCAGAUAUAUUUUAAAACUCUCUCUUUCAACUAUUGAGAGUCCAUUAUUCCUUCUACUAUAUCUAUUAUUCAUUUAUGAAGUGUUUUCUCUAUGGUUCUUGUAAAAAAAAAGUUAACUACUAACGUUCUAUUUUCAAAUAACAUAUAAGAAUUAUCGAUUCGCUCCGUAUCGUACCCGCGCGGGUAUUAUUCGACCUUACUAACUGCUGAGUGCGUGGAGGGUAUUGCUAUUGAAAACCCCGUCCUGCCCAACGCGCAUAUCGCCAUCACUAGUUGUAAUUUGGAAAAAUGAGAGAUUUAAGGUCCAUAUCAUAAAGGGUAAGAAGGGGAAUAAGAUAUUUUGGGGGGAUAACUGAUCAUAUUUUUUUGGGACUGGCAAGGAUUUCCAGGCGUGUUGUUAAAGCACUUUUCAAAUUUGAUUCAAAAAUUUUGCAGACCAUAUUUAUUCUUUUUGCAUAGAAAAAUUAGAUUUUUUGUACACUACCAAAUAAAAUCGAUUGGAUAUUUUUGUGAGAAAAAACUUUAACUUUAUCUUACCACUGUCAUAUAAUUAUGUUAAUAUCACUGUCAUACCAUGAUAUUAAUAUCGUGAUUAUUUAACAGUGGGAUGAGGUUACCACCAUAGUGGUAAGUUCAUUAUAUGACUAUGGUGAGAUGAUAUUAUGAAGUUUUAUCAUAGUGUUAUGAUGUAAUUAUAACAAUGAUAAGAUAGUAUAAAAUUUAUCUUUGACCAAAAAGUUUUGGUAUCACCAUAUCACUAUGAUAUCUUGAUAUUAUCAUUAUAUUAUCAUAGUGGUAAUAUCAUGAUAUGACUGUGGUAAGAUAGUGCAGUUAGUCUUAUCAUAGUUGUAAUAUCAUGAUAUGACAAUGAUAAAAUUACAACAAACAUGUGCUUUUGAAGGGCUGAUUUAAUUCUUUUAUAAAAAAUAUAGCAAACUAGAUAUCAUUGUGUAUAUCAUAACUAAUGAGUUCGUUUUAACUAAAAAAAUUAAAAUUUUGAGUUAAAACAAAUGAGAUAUGACUUUAUAUCACAGUCAUAUCAUCAUGAUAAGAUUAUAACAUACACACCUUUUGAAUGGUUAACAAAUUACUCAAAAUAUAGGAAAAUGGAUAUCAUGGUGUAGAUCAUAAUUAAUGUUUUAUUUUUAUUUAAAAUUAUUACAAUUUCCAGUUAAAACAAAAGAUAUAUGAUGCGAUUAAGAAAAUAGAAGAAUAGAAAAUAUAUGCUUUGACUGGUCACAAAGUUCCUCUCUCUCUUAUCUGGGAUAUGUGACAGGUUUACACCAAACACAAAAGGGAUCAUAAACUAAUAGGUCGUCUGUCUUUGGCUUCAUAAGUUGUGGACGGUCCAUAUCAAAGUUAAUGGAUGAAUGCAUAUCUUGGUUUUGUAAUUUUGAGCCAUAUUUAUCCACUCUCAUAUUAUAUAUUGUCAUCAUAACAAUUUAUGUAAUUGAACUUAUGUUAGUUUUAUUGCACCUCCACAUACAUUGAUGUAAUUCACUUCCAAUUGCAAAUGCGAUGGACCCAAGACAAAAAUAAAUGAAUGAAGAAAAAAUAAAUUAUUCUUGUUGUUUUGUUAUAUGGCUUGCAUCUUCAAUUACAUCAAAUGGAAGCUUUUAUCUUUGCAAGUGUCAAUUAUAUUAAAACAUUUGGUGUAAUUUCCUUUGUAUUUACAUAUUGGCUGUCAUGUAAGAUUGUUAUUGACAAAAUAGCAUCGAUGUGAAUAUCCUAAAAAAAAUUAACACCAUACUAAAAUGACUAACCUAGUAAUUGAGCUACGCAAUGCAGUAAAUAUCGCGCUUUAAAACUUAAAAGGUUAUACUUUAAUACUUCUAGGUUACUAAAAAACUUCUACGUAAAAUCACUCUUUUUACUUACAACUGUAGUCAAAAUUUACGCUUUAAAGCCUAAAAACUUAUGUUUUUACCAAUGUUGUCAAAACCGAACCGAUGUAUGAACCGGUAUAAUAAGUGGUUCGCACUUUACUGGUUCAACCGAUAUUAAGCCUCUAUAAACCCGUUAACGAACCGUUGUCUAAUAAAUAAAAAUAUUAUAAGUAGAAACCAUUAGUAUUAUAGUUAUAUAUUGAUUCUACUAUAUUUGUAGCAAAUAAUUAUAUAUGACAAGUAAAUAUUAUCAUUUACAUAAAUAUAAAUUAUUUACAAACUGUUUGGUAUCAAAUAAAUCAAGAAUUCAUUUCAUAUUAAAAUGAAUUACUAUGUAGAAUUCAUUAUCAAAUGAAUUAUUGUGUUUGGUAUGUCAUAUUUAAUCUCUAGAAAUAGAAUGAAUUGAAUUCUCAAAACAUGUUUGGCAUGCGUUCAAAAUUGAAUUGAAUUAAAAGUUUCCAACUACACCCUUAUUAAAUUUUCACAGAAAACAUAUUCAUUGAAAAUUCAUCUUCUAUUCAUUAGUUAAUGUCUAAUUAUUUAUCCAUGAACCAUACACUCCAAUUGUGACUACUCAACAUACCGAUACAAUCGAAGCAAAUAUAUAUAUAUAUAAUAACUACCAUAUGCUACUAAUGUUGCAAUCAAAUUCUUCUUGAUGCUCCUCGUACAACAUGGAUCAUAAUAACAUAUAACAUAUAAACUAUAAUAUAUAUAGUUGUGGAAAGAGGAGAGUUAGGUGCGCAUAAUUUGUGUAUUGGAUUCAUAUUAUAAGUAAUUUACUUAAUAAAUAGGGAUAAUUAUGUCAUUGUAUUAUAAUUAGUAAAAAAAACUUGUGGAAUUCAUUUGUAAAUUUCAUCUCAAUUCUGCGGAAUUGCUAUAACUAGCUCCUAUUCCGUAGAAUUCAAAAUUUAAAAUUAAAAAUGAAUUGUUUUGAAUACCAAACACAAAAAGAUUUCAUUUCAAAAUAAAUUGCUAAAAACUUAUAGAAUUCAUUUAUACCAAACGAUAUGUUUAACAUAAUAUAUUUGAUUUUUCUAAAGUUAAGAACACUAUUUAAUGAGAUUAUUUCAAAAUAAACAUUGUGUAACAGGUUUAUGGAAAGACUUGCUAUAAUUACAUCACAAAUAAUGCGCACCUAAUGGAAGGGAAUUGUCAAAGCCUUGCCUUUCAUGAAACAGGCCACACAAUGGAGUGUCAGGAACGGGGAGACUACUAGGUUCUGGACUCAUUCUUGGGUGGAAAAUGGCCUGAUCCUAGAAGAUUUCACCUUGAAAGAGCUCACUGAAGAGGAACUGAGUGCUUCAGUCUCAAGCUCGGUCGAUGAGUCAGGUGAGUGGGAUUGGAACAGAAUGAGAAUAUACCUCCCUGAUGAGAUGAUCUCGCUUAUUGCAGGAACUGAUGCGCCAAACUCUGAGCUGGGAGAGGAUCGAACUGUCUGGGGCAUUGAGAAGGAUGGAAGAUUCAAGCUCAAAUCAGCCUACUCUCUGGUAGCAGGGGAGGUGGACAACUCACCAAUCGACGUAUGGAGAGAUCUAUGGAAGUGGAAGGGUCCGAGCCGCAUCAAGCACUUCAUGUGGCUUGCAAGCCACAACAUACUGCUAACCAACAAGGAAAGAGUGAAAAGAAAGCUUACUGAGGAUGGAAUGUGCAAGUUCUGCAGAUCAACAGAAGAAACAACGGAGCAUAUCCUCAGAAAGUGUGGAAAAACUGCAGGCCUGUGGAGGCACUUCAAGGACAAACUCAAGGUGAAUGACAACGACAUUGACUUUCAAACGUGGCUGAUCAAGAACAUGAUGGAUCAGGAGACAGGGAUUGAUUUUGGGAUAAUAUGAUGGAACUUGUGGAAACAACGAAAUGAAGAAGUUAUGGAGGACAAGACUUAUUCGGAAGAUGGCCUAAUCCAGCAGGUGAUUGCCUACAUCCAUUGCAGUCAAAAUCGGGAUUUUGAUCGUAAAAUCGUAGGAUUUUACUUAGGGAUUCCGAUCCUUAUUUUACUAUAAAAUCAGUGGACCUUAAAAUCGUUCAAAAUCAGGAUAAAAAUCGUUAAAAUCGUACCAAAAUUGGGAUUUUGAUCCUAUGUGAACAAAAUAGGGAGCUUGAUCCAAUUCAUAAGAAGCAGAACUGUUUCGGUAGAAAGAGCAAUGACGGGGAUCUUCACAUAUAUGUUUCCUAUUAAAAGAACAUUUGAAAAGAAAAAAAAAACUAAUUAGGGUUCGGUCAACCCCUUUCCCUUCUCCUUGUUUAACUCAUCGGUAAAACAAUUGCCAUAAUAUUGUAAGCACGUAAGAAUUAACAUCAUUAUUAAAAAAUUAUUUGAUUAAUGAAUAUAUUUGUAUCAAACCAAUGACAUUAAUUAUUUUAUUAGAGUUCACUUAUUCUUAGUUUUAAAUCAUGCUUAGUAAACGAUGUCGGAAUACUACUUUGAGUUAAACUACCUAGACACAACAUGAAAAACAAGAGCCAAACCCCAUGAGCUCUAUCCCUUCCUCAUAAAUUAUUUUGAGUUACGCAUUACAUAACAAUUAAAAUGAUGAUUUUGGAACAUUAAUAUUGAAAAUUAUCACUUUAAAUGUUAUAAGUCUUUGUGUUAUUAAUUAUUUACCUUAUUAAUAUUAAUAUAUGUUAAUUUCUAUAUGGUACUUAAAAUCCUACGAUUUGAUUUUACGAUUCUGAUUUUACCCCAGUUUUCGAUUUUAGGUAAAAUCCUGGUUUUAACUGCUUUUCCUGGAUCAACAUCAACAAUCAAGCUCAUUCCAACUCUGAAAAGUGUCUUGCACCUGUCAACAUGACAAAAACUAGACUCGAGAUUGCCUGGAAACCUCCAAAAGAAGGUUGGGUUCAGGUACAACCUGAUGGGUCUGUUGCCCAACCUUCUGGUCAUGCUGCUGCAGGGGGCUUGUGCGAGACUAUCUGGGACGAUGUUUGGGAGCAUUUGCCUGCAAUCUUGGGAGGUGCACUAUCACUCGAGCUGAACUGAAAGGGGCUGCGGAAGGGUUGGAAAUGGCAUGGCAGCUUGGUUUCAGAAGAGUGGAACUCAAUAUUGAUUCCACCACUGCUUCAGCUAUCAUUAGAAGUAGGGGUAAUAAUGAUCAUGUCAUGGUCACAUUGCUAAGCUCUUUGAGAGCAUUCUUGCUAGGGAAUGGGUUGUGGAAAUUAACCAUGUCUUUCGGGAGGGUAAUUUUGUAGCUGAUUACUUAGCUUCUAAGGGAUACUUCCUUUCUUUUGGCACAAAUCUAUUCGAUGUGAGCGACCCGAACUUGUGUUAUUGGCUUUUACACAAUAACAUGGGUAUUUUCAU